AUGGAUUUGGAAUGUAGGAUUAAAGCUUAUCGUUUUGUAGCUUAUUCUGCUGUAACAUUUUCUGUCGUUGCUGUAUUAUCUGUUUGUAUUACAUUACCAUUGGUUUAUAAUUAUGUAUAUCAUGUUAAAAAACAAAUGAAUGAUGAGAUACUUUUUUGCAAGGGUUCAGCAAAAGAUAUUUGGGAUGAAGUAAAUCAAUUGAAAGCUUUACCUGUUUUAUCUAACAAUCGUACAUCAAGACAAUCAGGAUAUUCAGAUGCUGGAGUUCAUGGUGGAACAAAAAUUUCUUCAAAUGUUGGAGGUCAAUGUGAUGGAUGUUGUUUACCUGGACCGCCAGGACCACCAGGAACACCAGGAAAACCAGGAAAACCGGGAAAACCAGGAGCACCAGGUAUGCCUGGAAAUCCAGGAAAACCACCACUUCAACCAUGUGAACCAGUUACACCACCACCAUGUAAACCUUGUCCUCAAGGACCACCAGGACCUCCAGGCCAACCAGGUCCACCAGGUGAACCUGGAACAUCAGGUCAACCAGGAAAUCCAGGUACAGAUGCACCACCAGGAGAACCAGGUCCAAAAGGACCACCUGGACCUCCUGGUGAACCGGGAACACCAGGAAUUCCAGGAGAACCAGGAACUCCAGCACCAAAUGAACCACUUAUUCCAGGAGAACCAGGUCCACCAGGUGAAUUAGGAUCUCAAGGACCUCAAGGUCCUCCAGGACCACCAGGAGCACCAGGAUCAGCAGGACAACCUGGGCCAAAGGGACCACCAGGUCCAGAUGGUUUACCAGGACAAGAUGGUCAACCUGGUAAUCCAGGACAACCUGGACCACCAGGUCCUCCAGGUGAAAGAGGAAUUUGUCCAAAAUAUUGUGCUAUUGAUGGAGGUGUAUUCUUUGAAGAUGGCACACGACGUCGCUAA